AUGCUUUGCGGCCGCGCCGGCGUUCGUGUGAAGGGCAGUCACGCGCAGGAGAGGGAUGCGUGGCGUUUGUUGACCGCAGCGCCGGGAGGCUGCGCUGAGCUCGGUUUUGCAGGAGACGUGAACUGUCCCCCCUCCCCAAAAGGACACCGCAACGACCCUAUAAUGGGUCCGGGCAUCCGCGAUCGCCUCUCCUUGCCGCGCCGAGGAAGCUCGCCAGGGGAAGCUCUCGCCCAUGAGAUCCACGGAGGACAAGGAAUGGUAACUUUCAGUGGUGGAAAGAACCUUUCAAGCACCAAAGAACUGAAAAAACCCCUGCCCCACGUGAGACCGUCUCCUAGCACGUUAAACAAAAAUGUUUCUACUGCCACCGAAAAGGCUCCUGGUCAUGCUACGGGCAACAGUCAGGGAACUGUUCGCCUCAAAGAACGGAACCGACUUUGGGAGGGUCACCAGCAAAACAGAGCCACAAAUGUCUGCACUUCCUCGCAGAGAGCACCAAGGUCACAGAAGGAACCAGUGGUGAAAAAGCAUUAUGAAGCUGGCUACCGCAAAAUCCCUUCUGCAUUUAAGGACGGCUCGUGGAGUGAAUACAGUCAGGCAGAAGAAACGCUGAUCCAGAGUUUUUACUGCAAAAAACCUGCCAAAACAGAAAGGAACUCCGGAAGACCUACUGACGAAGCGGGCCACUGCAGUUCUGCAUAUCGAGGCGCCUCUGCUAACGCCAUGUUUCUCGACUUCGCAUCUGUUCGAAUCAUGAAAGAGGAUGCUGACGAGGACAGCGCCAGCGACCUUUCCGACUCGGAGAGAAUUCCCAUCCCUCCUUCCCCCUGCACGCCGCCGGAGCUCAACCUCCGAGCCGAGGAAAUAGACCCCCUGUGUUUCGAAGACCUCACCGGCGCAAAAUGUAAGCAGUCUUACUGUUACCCUGACUUCCUCCCGCCCCCUUUCAACACCUGGGACUUGAAAGAGCUGGCGGCCUUUGUGAACACCGAGUGCAAGUCGGACGUGCGGCCGCCGCCGACAGGAAGUCUCGACACGUACGUCGACCGGCUUCUGGAGCUCGAAUGGCUGCAGAUGCAAACGAUACAAGCCGAGAAAGGGAAGGCGGCCAAGGCGCGGCCUCAGACUGCACCCAGCGCCCUUCGGACCUUCAAAAACCCCGGGAAAAGUAAAUCAUUGCACGCUCUCUUGCCGAGCAAAAAUUUGACUGCCCCAGAAAGCUUUCAGAGGCUCCUGAGCUACCAGUUCAGCCACAAGAGAGAUCUGCACAGCGAAGGCGCCAGCCAGGUGGCUUCGUGUCAUUGGAAAGCGAGCUGUGGUCCCUCGGCCCCUCAGUCCUCUGAGGGGAAAAGCGGCGAGGCGAAAAAGCGGCCUAGCGCCAAGGCCCAGCUUUUCAGUAAGCCUCCCUCAGAGCUUUUCAAUAAGCCUCCCUCAGAGAGCAGCUCAAUGAUACAAGGAGCUGGCAACAUUAGGCCCCCCAAGCAAUCCUCUUCACUCCACGGUCCAGCGGCCCCCCUCAGGGGCCUACCUGCCUACACGUGCCCAAAUCCCAAGAAGAACGUCAACGCCAAUAGUUAUGUCCCUUCCAAAAAAGUUCAGGCGGACAAGAAGCUGAAAGCAAAUGGUGUGAAGCCAAUGCCAUGUAAAUUUAAAUGA